AUGUCAUCAACAGCAGCUCCAAAACUAUUGUUUCUGCAUGGAUUUUUGCAAAAUGGUAAGGUAUUUAGUGAGAAGUCUUCUGGAUUAAGGAAGCUGCUCAAGAAGUCCAACGUCCAAUGCGAUUACAUGGAUGCUCCAGUUAUUCUUGAGAAAAAGGACUUGCCAUUUGAAAUGGAUGAUGAAAAAUGGCAAGCUACCCUGGAUGCCGGUGUCAAUAGAGCAUGGUUCUAUCACAGCGACAUCUCCAGUGAAUUGGACUUGACUACAGCCAUCAAAUCUGUUACCGAUUACAUCAAGGAGCACGGCCCUUACGAUGGUAUUGUGGGAUUUAGUCAAGGUGCGGCGUUAGCAUCAAUUAUUACAAACAAAAUCACCGAAUUGCUUCCAUCCCACCCACAAUUCAAGGUCUCGUUGCUCAUCUCUUCUUACUCCUUUACGGAACCAGAUCCAGAGCAUGAAGGUCAAUUAAGAAUUACUGAAAAAUUUAGAGACUCAUUCACACCAAUGGAAAACCGCUCCACAAAGAUGCUAUUUGUUUACGGUACUUCUGAUAUGGCUGUACCUUGUGAAAGAGCAAAGUAUCUAUAUAACAUCUACACAAAUGGUCAAGAACUGGAUGAUUGCAAGGCUUACGAACACCCAGGUGGUCAUAUGGUUCCAAACAAAAAGGACAUAAUCAGACCUAUUGUUGAAGAGAUCAACAAAUCUCUAGGUAUUGACGCUUAG